GUUUCUGCCUGGAAACGUUGAGGAGAAAACAUUUGAGAGAUAAAAUGUUUUGAAGUUGACUAACUUUAUUGAAAGGGGAACCGCAAUUCAGUGUACAGUGUUAGCUUGUAAAGUGCCUAGGACACGUUCAGGUCUCGGAUGUGGACUAAAUUCCUCCGUCAUCUUGUGGUUGGCAGGACAGUGUUGUACAGAAGGAGCCUCUUCACCAUGCAGCUGAAAACCAGUGAGUUUCAGUGUCUGUUCACUGAAGGACUGAAUGGCCUCGCAGAAAUAUUUCAAAAGAAUAACUAUGAGCUCCGAAUUGCUGGAGGCGCAGUACGGGACCUGUUGUCUGGGAGACGGCCUGAUGAUGUGGACUUUGCGACCACAGCUACUCCAGAUGAGAUGAAAUGUAUGUUUCAGGCAGCGGGCAUUCGAUUGAUCAACAACAAAGGAGAGAAGCACGGUACCAUCACCGCUAGGAUACACAAUGAAAACUUUGAGGUGACUACACUGCGUGUGGAUGUUCAGACAGAUGGGCGACAUGCAGAGGUUGAAUUCACCACCGAUUGGCAACAGGAUGCAGAGCGCAGAGACCUCACUAUCAACUCCAUGUUUUUAGGUCUUGAUGGCACAUUGUAUGAUUAUUUCAAAGGAUAUGAAGACCUACAGAACCAUAAAGUUCGAUUUGUGGGCAGUGCUGAGCUGCGAAUCCAAGAGGAUUAUUUGAGAAUAUUGCGCUAUUUUAGGUUCUAUGGCAGAGUGGCUUUGAAACCAGACGACCAUGAGCCACAGACACUUGCUGCUAUUAAAGAAAAUGGCCAUGGCCUGGCGGGGAUCGCAGGGGAACGCAUCUGGGUAGAACUGAAGAAGCUGGUUGUUGGCAGCCACGCAGGCCGUCUGCUGGAGCUUAUCUACAAACUGGGGUUGGCGCAGUAUAUUGGUUUACCAACAGAUGGCAACCUUGAGGAGAUGCGGCGAGUGUGGGAGAACUCUAAACACCUCUCCCCUAAACCAAUGACGGUCCUGGCUGCUCUCUUCCACAGCUCAGAGGAGGUGGACAAAAUGGACCUUCGGUUGAAGGUGUCCAGAGAGGAGAAGACUUUGGUUCUUUUCCUGGUCAAGUACAGACAUGAGCUCCAGAAGGACAGCGAGCAACCCCACAGCAUCAAGCCUUUCACUGACUUUAUCAUUGACAGUCGAGAGCUGGACACCCAGGGGAAAGUGUGUGAGCUGCUCAAGUAUCAGGGCGAGGAGAGGCUGCUGAACGAGCUGUGCCAGUGGUCCAUCCCUCGAUUUCCCAUCAGCGGCCACGACCUGCGGAGAAUGGGUGUCACAUCGGGGAAGGACAUUGGCGCUACUUUACAAAAGCUCCGGGACAUCUGGAAGAAAAGUCACUACCAAAUGGACAAAGAGGAACUGCUCAGCUACAUUAAAUCUUAGCUAAAUGGAAGCAUAAGUAAGAGCCGCUUUGGCUUUAUUCUGCACUGGUGAAUUGAUCAUGUAAUUAUGGCACUUGCAUGGAUCAAUAGACUUGUUACAGAAAGACUGAAUGUACCCUGCGUCACCAUUCAUGGACAGGAUCAGACAAUCUUAGAACCAAGAGCAGAAGAGAUCUGCAAUAUUUCAGCUUAAGUGUGUGAUAUCGGAAAAUAUUAUAGAACAUGGGAAUAUUGGUAAGAAAAAGUGCUUUUAUUUUCAACUUAAGUAAUUUUAUGUUUAUUUCCCAUUAAAAGGC